CACAACAAAUCGGGUCCGAAAAAAUUGCCCUAACUGAAUUUCCCAAAGGCGGACGGAACAACAGCGUCAACCACGUCGAGACAACUCCCACCCAUCUUUCACCACAUUACAACCCGCAUCGCCUCCCAACUCACCACAACACCAGCAAGAUGGGUCAUCCCGCAGGUCUUCGCGCUGGCACUCGAUACGCCUUCUCCAGGAACUUCCGCCAGAAGGGCCAGAUCCGCCUCUCCACGUACCUACAACAAUACAAGGUUGGCGACAUCGUUGACAUCAAGGCAAAUGGUGCUGUUCAGAAGGGUAUGCCUCACAAGGUCUACCACGGCAAGACCGGCGUCGUCUACAACGUCACGAAGAACGCGGUCGGCGUCAUCAUCUACAAGAAGGUGAAGCACCGGUACAUCGAGAAACGAGUCAAUCUUCGCAUCGAGCACAUCAGCCGGUCGCGAUCAAGAGAGGACUUCCUCAAGCGCGUCAAGCUCAACGCCGCACUGAAGAAGAAGGCCAAGGAAGAGGGCGUCGCUGUGGUGACCAAGCGACAAGCCACCCAACCCCGCGAGGCGCGGACGAUCUCGAUGGCGGACAAUCGCCCGGAGACGGUGACCCCGAUCGCGUACGAGACGACGAUCUAGAGCGGGAGGAGCCAGGACGGGUCGGUGUUUUUUCUGGGUCUCUUGCCGGUUGCUUUUCUCUCUGCAUUAGGGGCUAUUGUGUUUUCGCGCGCGGCCGGGAAUCGAUUCUUCUGUGCAUGGCAAGGCAUGGAUGGACAUUGGGCGACGCCUAGAGGAAUGACAAAACAAAAAAUAUACCAAAUGCCAAAGAAAGCAGAGACAGGUCUGGCUGCUCCUCCACAGCUCUCCGAAUGUGAACCAAGCAGGCAUGCAAGAAUGGCGCGCAAGGAGGACAGGCUUCGAGUCAGACCCGGAUAAUCCAUCUUACUAGGGCCUGCGCUCAUGCGUAGUGCGGUAGGUUUUCGAGCGAGCAUCACAACCUAUUUUACGACGAUACUCACAAAUAUCGCCUGUCACCCCACGCCGGGCCUUGAGGAGGAGCAGAGACAGUGAUAGACUACAAUAGUAAAUUAUUACAAAUUCUUGUA